CUUAAGUCACAGACACACACCAACACACACACACACACAUUUAGAUCGCUCAUCAUGUGCGUGACUUAUGCUCUGCUGCUGUUUGCUCUGUGGGGCUCAGCAUGUUGCGUGCAAUACCGGGCCGAAUUCAACAUGGCUGGUGUUAUGGGUUACGUGCAAUUUGAUUCCGCGUCAGCGAAAGCAAAUGCCAGCCUCACCGGCACGGGGACAUGUGGCGCUCUCAACCUCUCCUUGUCUGUGUUCCCGGUCAUGUACGGCACCUUUCGGCAGCCUUGCCUGGAGACUCACAUCGGUGCGAGUGUCUUCGAUUUCUCCAUCUCCUCACCUGUUUCAACAGCCAAUGUAUCUAGCUUGUUCGCCCAGAUGUCAAACCUAGACGCCCUGUCACUGACGGUGACCACGUGCGACGGAACCAAGUCAUGCGCUGUCGUCAGAAGAGAGGAACAGGCGAGGACCUGGCGGGCUCGUUUCUUCACCCCUGUGGCAGGUGACGUCUACUUUCGGCAAAUCGCAGGAGUGGAAGAAGCCACGGUUCUUGCAGACUUGUACUACGUCCAACGAAGCGCUGCCAACCUCGCUAAUGUUAGUGUGCGGCUGGUAUCAGCUAGCUCCGCAACUAGUUGCGAUGCUCUCCUUAGCAGCAGCACUGACCUUGCGGGUCAGACGACACUUGGAACACUAAGCGUCGGCUCUCCUGUCACAGCUGUCAAAUCCCGGCUUCACGUCUCAAGUUUCAAUGGCAGCACGGCGCGCUACCUUCUCCUCCACAUGAGUGCCACCAACAGUUUCGAAUGCGCCCAAAUCCGCGUCCUGGAGGAGAAGGUUGUCGUGUCACGAGUCGACAUGAGAGGAAUAAAGGGUUACGUCAUGUUUAGUCAGGCCUGUCCCUUUCACACCACCAUGAUCAGAGUGAACCUGACCAACCUGAGAGGUCUGGUGGGGCCAUACCAUGUUCAUAACUAUCCCCUUCCGGAGACAAGGUCUCCCCCGCAGAGUCGAUGCACAAACGACAACAUCGGCGGCCACUGGAACCCCUUUAAUGUGAACGUCUCAAGCCCUGCAUACCCCUCAGGACCAGGUUCCACCCACGACCUCUAUGAAGUGGGAGACCUCAGCAGCAAGCAUGGUUUCCUGACAGAAAGGAGGGAACUUGAGGGCUCCUUUGUGGAUUUCAGCCUGCCACUCUUUGGGCGAAACAGCAUUGUGGGCCGGUCCAUGGUCAUCCACGAGCCCAAUGGGGCCAGGUUUGUCUGCAGCAGUAUUGGCUACCCCGGCGCGGUGACGGUGGGAAGGGUCGUCUUCCAGUUCCCUGUGGUAGGCACCGUCCUGCUCACCCAGCUUACCAGCAAUCCCGACUCAGACGUUUCUAUAUUCCUGGACCUUUCCUAUGGCGUCCCUUCAACUCAGGCCACCCAGGGCCACAACUGGCACGUCCACAUGUACCCAAUCGGCUCAGCGACAGAUGACAACCUCUCACGAUGUGGCACAACAGGUGGUCACUGGAACCCUUUCAACGCGAACGUGACUGAUGGCACUUACGCAACAUACUGCAGACCCGAGAGCCAAUUCGCCUGUGAGAUUGGGGAUCUCUCGUCUAAGAACCGCCGUCUGGACCUUGGGCCUGAGGUGGGUGUAUUGGCAGCAAAGAGCUUUUUCACUGACUCCACUCUCCUGCUCUCCGGGACAACAUCUUCCAUUGGCCGGUCGCUCGUUAUCCACGCGGAGAACGGCGGAGGGCCCAGGAUCGCCUGUGCCAACCUGACCCUCCUGCGCCUCCCUGCCGCGAGCACCGGAUCCUGGCUAGGGGGCGGGGUCUCAACCGGAAGCGUCCGCUUCUCCCAAGACUCCCCCCAGGGCCUGACCAAGCUCAACGUCUCCCUGUCCAACCUCGGGGGAUUGUAG